AGCAGCGACAACACAAUGGGGAGAAGAAGCGGUGAGAGCGGGGCCAGCAGCCUGCGAGUGUCCCAUGUCUCCCAAGAGAGCUUACCUCACUGGAAUUUGGACUCCGAAGUCCCCGCGCCCGAAAGCAAAGCCCCCCUCGCUGGCAGGGAGAGCGCAGCCGGUGGCAAAAUUAACAAGAACCAUCUGGAAAUUCCUGUAGAGCAACUGAUAAUAGAACUGAGCUUGCCAGAGCAUUCUCCCAGAAGAACACAGAACAGUAAACAAGGGCCAUUUCACCUAUGGAGUUACCCUCAGAAGGAAGACAGCCCCGCGGAGAACAGGGAUUUCAGAAAAGGUCCCACGGAAAGUGGCUUUAGCGUAAGCAGUGGCCCUGUCAAGCUCUUCACCCUGCGAGGGCUGCCUGCCGGCCCAUCUGUGGAGAAGCCCGUGCGGCCCUACGCUGGCCUGCAAAUGCCCCUGGGCCUCUGCUGGCCCUAUGCCGACGGGGACUUUUAUAAGGACAAAACUGAGUCCCCCAUGGCUUUGUUUUCAGCGGCAGAGAGCCACAGUGGCGAGGCCCUGCCCGGCCCACGCUGGGACCUGAAGCCCAGAGUCAGCGUUGUUGAAGACGUUCUGACAGACGAGAGCGAUUUUUCAGAAAACGAGAAGGCGAAUGAUGCUUUACUCAGCUACUUCAAGAAGAUGGACCUGAACUUAAAGCCAGAGAAGAUCGACACCGUGGAAGGCUCUUUCACAGAAGGCUCGGGCGAGGCGUUUCCAUACCCAGAUUUCCUCCCGCCUCCUCUCAACACUCUGGACUUGCACAAACUGGCCUUCUCAAGAUCCGAGAGUUGGAAAGUCUCCGUGGAGCCUCUAGAAGGUUCUAUGGACCCCCUCCUCACUCGCCUGCUGGAGAUGGAGAGGCUACAGCACAGCACUGUGCAGAAGGAGAGGCCGCGGCUGCAGACCACCUUCUGCCCGGCGGUCACGGAAGGCGCCUCGUCCUCCAGAGCUGCCCCCAAGGCGAGACAACCGAAACCGCCCGACGCCGCGAGCCUGCAGACACCGUGCGCAGACAAAAGUCGGGAGAAAAGGAAAAGCAAUCCUGCUUCCUGCAAGUUUGAACAGAACCCUUCAAAGUGGAACUGGGGCGGCUCGGGCAAGUACAAGUGGAACGGGAGGCCGUCCUCCUUCAGAAGCCCCGCCACCACCAAGCAAGCGAUGGCCGGCUACGACGACGCCAAGAUUUCCAAAAGCUCCACUUUAUCCCCGUACCAGGACACGUCAGCAAAGCCUCCGACUGCCCCCACCGGCCAGUCGCUGGUCAGAGUGGUCUCCACACGGUGCCUCCCGCCCAGGUCUCCAGGCCCAGUCUCACCCCUCCCGCUGCCUUUCCCCGAAUACCAGAAGGAAGAACUCAAGGUACCAAGGACCAAGAAGAAACUUUACCGGAAAAACAUCGCACUGAACAGACCCUUCUAUAUUCAGAAGCUCAACUGCCUGUCGCCUACGUUCAUUAUCGCCAAGGACAAGUGCUCACCCAUUGACCAGAAGUAACUUCCUUUGCCUUCCUCUGUCUCAUGUGAGCACAUCUUUUCCUAGAAGCCCGUGUAAACCCUGGCUCCUCACCCCAAGACACAGGCAUGAAUAAACCUACACACCUACGGUGGGGAGGGUGCGUGGUGCUGGUCAGGAUCACUGCUGAGACCCUCGCUGGGCCCAGGAGCUUCUGUCGAGAGCUCGGACAAUCUUUUGUACCGUCCUGUUUCCAGGAAAUAGUUCUCAGUAAACUAAGCUAUUCAUUCAAAAGAUUGUUUACAGAGUAG